AUUCGAACUGCGAUGGCGUCCGCUGCGUUUGCGAAUCGGAAAAAACUUGUGCUCUUCGAUGUGGACGAAACCCUCACUCUUGCUCGUCAGGCCGCAUCGCAAGAAAUGUUGGAUACCCUAGCCGCCCUCCGGAAAAAAGCAGCCAUCGGUUUCGUUAGUGGGUCUGACAUGAAGAAGAUUGAGGAGCAGCUCUCUGUCCGUGGCACCCAAGGUUACCAAUCAAUACUCGAUGCAUGGCCAACUGAAACUUCGACUCCAGCCAUUCAAGCAUUCGAUUACGCGUUCUACGAAAAUGGACUGGUUGCAUACAAACUUGGAGAAGCUUUACCUUCAGAUUCUUUCAUCUUAUACGUCGGCGAAGAACGGUACAAACGCCUGGUCAACUUUCUACUCCACUACAUCGCCGAUCUCGACCUUCCCAUCAAGCGCGGUACCUUCGUCGAAUUCCGUAACGGGAUGAUCAACGUCAGUCCAAUUGGUCGCAAUGCAACUCUUCAAGAGCGGAAAGACUUCAACCAAUUCGAUCAGGCAAAUGGAGUCCGAGCAGCUUUCGUGAAAGUGCUCAGAGAAAAAUUCGCAGACUACGGGCUCACAUUCUCCAUCGGCGGUCAGAUCUCCUUUGACGUGUUUCCGAACGGAUGGGACAAGAGAUACGCCCUUUCGCGCGUUGAAGACGAGCAGUUUGAGGAAAUCCACUUUUUUGGCGAUAAAACCGACCCCGGAGGAAAUGACCACGAGAUCUUUUCCGACCCACGAACGAUUGGCCAUACUGUGGAGGGACCCAGUCACACGAUUCGUCUGUUGAAGGAGCUUUUUCUCGACCAUUAA